AAGACGCGGCUCCAGCAGGCGCGGGGGUGGGAAGACCCAGGUGCAGCCCCCCCCCCCCACACCGCACCCCGUCUCCGGCCGGUGCAAAGAGCCCGGUCCGUGCACCAGCGAGCCGCGCCCCCGCCCGGCAUGGAGGUGCAGAAGGAAGCCCAGCGCAUCAUGACCCUGUCGGUGUGGAAGAUGUACAACUCCCGCCUGCAACGCGGCGGCCUGCGACUGCACCGGAGCCUGCAGCUCUCGCUGGUCAUGCGGAGCGCCCGGGAGGUCUAUCUCUCGGCCAGGCUGGAGGAGGACGAGGAGGGGCGGCUGGGGCCGCAGCCCUGCCCGGGGGAGGAAGGGGCCGGCCAGCCCCCACUGCCGCCCGCCGCUGCCUCCCCAGGCCCGCCGGCGCCGGAGGAGCGGGCAGCCCCCGUGGCCCGUGGAAACGCCCCGCGCGCCGUCGAUCCGGAGCCCAUGGAGACGCAGGACAGUAGCGGGGACUUGCCCCCGGCGGCUCCAGCGCCCGCGGCCGGCCGGCGGCCGGCGCGGGGGGUUUCGUUGCCGCCCCCGGGCAAAGCCAGCAGGAAACGGCGGAGCAGCAGCUUGGACAAGCCGGGGGCCGCCGAGGCCGGGCUGGUGCCCACCAAGAAGGCCCGGCUGGAGGCGGAGGAGGAGGAGGGCGAGCGGCAGCCGCAGGGACAGGACGGCCCCUUCCCCAGCCUGGCCAAGGUCCUGCAGACCCGCUUCUCCGGGAUGCUGCGGGGCGGCCCGCCCAAGGGCCCCGAGCCCACGCCGGGCUGCCGGCCCGGGGACGGGGUGCUCAGCAUACUGGUCCGAGCCGUGGUGGCCUUUUAAAUCCCCUUCCCCGCCGCUCGGGGGGACUCGUGGCUGGGGGACCUGCCCCGCGGCGCGCAGCGGCUCGCUCGGCUCCUGGCGGGAGCCAUGGGGCAGGAGGGGGGGGUCGCUUUUGGGGGCGCAGCCCCCCUCUCCCUGGCGGAGGGGGGGCGGGAGCCGGCCGUGCCUCCCGGGGCGGGAGAGACACACACGGAGGCCGGGCACGGAGCGAGAGCACAGCGGAAGCAAGAUCGGACUUUCCCCUCCCCACCCUGCUGGGUCCAGGGGGGAGGCGAGACAAAAGGAUCCGCCGGAGCUGGGACCGAGAGACGCCGCCGCUUUGUGUGUGGGCGGGG